GUUCGGGUUGACGCAGCCGGACAGCUACCACUACCUGAGACAGUCCAGCUGUCUCACCGACAAGACAAUCAACGACAGCGGCACUUUUCAGGAUGUUCUGAAUGCCAUGAGAACGAUGCAGUUCACGGAGGAGAACAUCGGGGAGAUCCUGCGCCUCCUGGCUGGGAUCCUCCACGCGGGGAACAUCGAGUUCAUGACGGCCGGAGGAGCUCAGGUCUCCUCCAAAUCAGCGGCCCUCAGCCGGACGUCUGACCUCCUGGGGCUGAACCCGGAUCAGCUGGCCGAGGUCCUGACUCACCGGUCCAUGAUCCUCAGGGGCGAGGAGAUCUCCACGCCGCUCACCGUGGAACAGGCGGUGGACUCCAGAGACUCCAUGGCCAUGGCACUUUAUUCUCAGUGUUUCAACUGGAUCAUCCGCAAGCUCAACAACCGCAUCAGGGGCCGAGAAGACUUCAAAUCCAUCAGCAUCCUGGACAUCUUUGGAUUUGAGAACUUUGAG